AAAUACUAAAACCCUAAGUAAACGCAAGUCCCAAUGAGUCCCCACACAAGAAAAAACACCGACUUUGGAGAGGAUGUGAUCACUUGCAUCCUCUCAAAACUCCCCGUUGAAUCUCUUCUACGUUUCAAAAUUGUGCACAAAUCAUGGUGUUCAAUAAUCAAUGACCCCAAUUUCAUCAAGUUGCAAAUUGAGGAAUCGUCAUCCGACAUUAAUCAACAAAAAAUCCUCUUAAUUUCAUCGAAAAUAGCUCCAUCUCCUUGUCUGGAAUAUAACAUGUUAGUGUUCAACAUCGGUUCAACAAAUGCAUCAUCAUUGAGUGCUAAUUCUCAAGUUGUUUCUCUCCAACCACCGGACUUUUUUAUGUCUCGAGAUGUUUCAUAUCCAUUGGUGAGUUCUUGUAACGGGUUGUUAUGUAUGGUGUGCAGCUUCAAAAUAUUUAUAUGGAAUCCAGCUAUUCAAAAAUACAAAAUUGUUCAAAAUCCUGAUCCUUAUGUGUUGAAACGUGUUAAAAGUUAUGAAUCAACGCUAUAUGGUUUUGCGUAUGAUUCUAUUAAUGAUGAUUAUAACAUAGUCUGUACAUUUGUGGUUAAUGCAAAGGGUAGCCGUUACAUUGUUGGAAUAUACUCUGUGAAUAAUGAGUUUUGGAAAAAGAUUGACUCUAUUCCGGCUGGUUAUCGCUUGUUCGACCAAAAUCCAGUUUCAUUAGAUGGUACUGUUAACAUGAUGGCAACUAGAUCAGUUCAAGAAAAUGGUGAUAGUGCAUUUAAUAAGUUUGCGAUUGUUUCUUUGUUCGUGGCUGAUGAGAAAUUUUCUGUAACGCCCAUCCCAUUGCAAUAUUGUGGGAGUCAUAUGAAAUUGUCUAAUUUUGCCAAUCGUCUCUAUCUUUCUGUGUUUGUUGAGAUGGAUUUUCUGGUGUGUUCCCUGGAGAAAGAUGGAGAAUUGUGGACUUGGACUAAUGUCAUGAAAAGUCCUACAUUAGGAUCAUCCAUUGGGCUUGGGAAUCACAAUUGCUACUUAGAUGAUAUAGUAUAUUUGAAGGAAAAUGAGAAAAUCUUGUGGAGAAAAACAGAUGGUGGUUUUCUAGAAUAUGAUAAGCGGAAAGAAGAAGUGACUGAGUUUACCAUGAAUCAAAUUUCGCCUGCUACAGAAUUAUCCAUCUUGUUCGCAGGAAGUUUAGCUUCUUUGAGAAUUCCGUGGGACUAGAAAAUUUGACUAUCUAAUCAACUGUAUUUUGUUGUAUUUUAUUUUUACGCCCUCUGAUGCUUGGAUUUCUGUGUUGCAGAUGUUUUAGCUUCCUUCAAAAUUUGACUAUCAAGUUAGCUGUAUUUUGUUGCAUUUUAUUUUAAACUUUUGGGUGGUUAUUGAUGAGAUUCUUAUGCUAUCUGAUGCUUGGAUUGCUG